AUGUAUCUCCUUCAUUGUCUGAUCUUGCUACUGCUGGCUACAGUGUCUCUGGGACAGGCUCCGGCGGAUUCCUCCCCGACUGGCCCGACUCUGCCUGGCACGGCGUCCAACUGCAACCGAUGGUACAAGAUCAAGAAAGGCGACGGCUGCGACUCGGUUCAGAAGUCGUUCGGGAUCAGCGCCAAGGACUUUUUUGCCUGGAACCCCGAUGUCUCGUCUGACUGCUUGAAGAACUUCUGGGUCGACAACGCGUACUGCGUCGGGGUUGGGCCUGUCUCCAGCGGCAGCCAUAGCCACAGCCCUAGCCCUAGCCCUAUCACGACUUCCUCGGACAAGACCUCACAUCCUUCUUCCUCCUCCCCCUGGUCACCUCAUCCUUCGGCUUCCGGUCCGACCAGCUACACAUUCAAUCACCCUAUCACUUCGCCACCUCCGCUGCCUCCGCCCCCAACCGAGACCGCCUGGAAGACGCAGGCGGGUCAGCCAAAGGGGUGCUACAGGUGGCACAAGGUGCAGUAUGGGGAGACCUGUAGAAAGAUAGCGAUCCGGUACAGUUUGAUCACCCUGGAUGAGUUCAUUGCGUGGAAUCCCGAGGCCGCCGUUGACUGCGACAAUCUCUUCGCCGGCUGGCAGGUCUGCGUCGGCGUGUCGCAACCGAUCUCCUUCCCUACCCCCAUCACGGGCCCUGUGGACCCCCCGGAGCCGUCGCCGUGGACUCCAAGCACCCUCCGUCCCUUUACCUGGCCGACCACAUUACCCCCAAAUUUCACCCUCCCCGGCCCUUACACGCUCACGGCCAUGCCAACUUCCAACGUCCAAGUCAACACUACCAAAGAUUGUCGGGCCUGGUACCAGAUUGACUAUUAUGAGACUUGCCAGAAUGUGGUCAAUCUCUUCGGCACAUUUUCCAUGCAGGAUUUCCUUGCCUGGAAUCCUACCCUGGGAAAAGACUGCAAGGGAAUCCAAAAUUACUUCUGGUACUGCGUGGCUGUGCCCGGGACCCCUGCCAGCCGGACGGCGCCUCGACCGGAGCUACCGGAGCCCACGGGCCUUCUUCGCCAACCGGGAGUGGCACCCAACUGUAAUCGCUGGUGGGUGGUCCUCCGGUUCGACACCUGCGACAAAAUCGUCUAUCGGAAUGAUAUCGGGUUUGAAGACUUCCAUAAAUGGAACCCUGCCAUUUCCUGGCCCAGCUGUAAAGGUCUGCGCCGUGAUUCAGAGGUCUGCGUGGGGGUGGCCAACAACGAGACUAUAACAUCGAGUUCGUGGCCUCCUCCCCCCUAUCCCACCGGUUGGAAUAGCACCAGUCACGUCCCGAUGACAUCCUCAUCGCGACUCCCACCCUCUAUUCCACCCGUCUGUCCGUCGGGCACGACUUGGACUCGGUUGUCGGGUUUUACUACGAGAUACGGGAAUCCUCCGUCAACCUCCUGGCCUCCAGUGUCGACCAUGACUUCUUGCAGCGACACGUCGAGCACUUCGAAUAAGCAUUGGACCAGCACUGGCAUCCGCGUGAGCACGCCUCAGUCUUCUUCUAAGUCGACGGCGAUCGUCCCCGCGGUUAGCCCGACCCUGAUCAUGACUACCCCAUGCCAUAGCACCGGCAUCUCGCCGCCCUCAGCGUCUUCCUGGACGGACACAGAUCACGAUAGGACUAGCACCCACAUCGACCCGAGUACGCACUGGCAUUCUGCACCAACUAUCGCUGGCCCCAGCGUCUCUGUUCCCGUGGUUCAUCCGACCAUGAUUGUGAGCACUCCUUGCGCGAGCGCGAGUAUGCCGCCGUCUCCCUCGUCGCCUUCCUUGACCGAUACUAUCAUUGGCGCCCACCCUGGGACUGCUCCCGUGUCUGUAUCUGGUCCGAUGCCCUCGGUGACCACCGUUUGUCCCCAUGACAAGGGUCAUGGUACCCCUGGUUGCGGGCAGCCUUCCAUGACUACCCACUCCUCGCAAGAUGGAGUCCUGACUGUCACCGUGACGACGACCACCACUAUCAUCUGCGAUACUGUCCUGGGCCAUUGA